AUGCCGAAGCCCGCGUAUCGGAAAUUGGCAAAGCAGUAUCAUCCGGAUGUGAACCCAGGGAACGAGGAAAAGUUUCUUGAUAUUGCAAAGGCUCAUGAGGUGCUUAGCAAUGAAGAACAAAGGAAGAAGUACGACAUGUUUGGAGAGGCAGGACUCGGCGAGGGAGGUGGACCUUCGCCUGACGGAAGUGGAGGCGUGCCUGUCGACUUUGCCGAUCUCUUUGGCGGAAUGUUCGGCGGAGGUGCAGGCGGUCCAAAUAUCAAAAUUACUUUCGGCGGGGGCGACGGACCGACCUUCUCAGGUGCCCCCGAGGGCUUCGGGAACUUCUUCUCCGGCGGAGGCCAUUCUGGAGGGUUCCAGGAAGCUCCGUCAAACAACGCCAGCUUGUAUGACGCCGAGGAUGACGAAGUUACUGAACUGGGGCCGCAGGCUGUCCACAGACUCAUCGAUGGCCGAGACUUUGUUUUCUUUCUCGCGCUUUACAAUCCAAGGUGUCGGCCUUGUCGGCAACUCAAGGAUGAAUUCGUCAAGGCAGCCAAAAGGAUGAAAGGCAUUGUCCCGUUUGGCGCCGUCAAUUGCAGUCGCUUCGGCAAUCUCUCGUAUUGCCAGGAAGCCCAGCAUUACCCUACACUGCUCUUCUUUCCUGCGGACAAACAUUCCAAGCGUAUUGACUACCGUGGAGAGAGAACGGCGGCCGCUAUGGUCCGCUUCCUCUCCGAGAAUCUUCCGUCCACAGUUGUCGUCCUCACCGAUGAGUCUGCCGAGACGUGGUUUUCCACGGAUCCGCAGAUUCCCAAGGUCGUUCUCUUCACGGACAAGCGAGGCACUCCGCCUCUCUUCAAAUACCUUUCCUACCAAAUGCGCAGUCAGGUGGCCAUGGGGGUUGUCUUCAAGAACCAGAAGAACCUCCUGAAGGCGUUCGGGGAAGGCCUCGAAUACCAACGAACGCACCAACCUCCCAAGCCAGGCGCCAAGCCGCUUCCCGCGGAAAUCAUCUUCCCUUCUCUGCUCGCCAUCGACGACAUUGACCGCCUCACAGGCGAAUGGAUCGACGUGAAAAACCACGUGAACCAGGAGCUGCUGACUCUCACCCUCUCACGACUCGCCGCGAAAGCACGCACGGCGUCUGGAGUUUCUUUCCGCGAGCUCACAGCGAGGCGCAUGGCCAGCGGGGAGUGCGGCAAAGAUGAUUCGCAAUUCUGCUUCGUCCUUCUCGUGCCCGACGCGAUGGGUGCCCGCCAGGCGCCGAAAGAUAUCUUUGCGAAGCUGACGGAACUUUCAGAAAAGUUGAAACGCGAUCCGCUGAAGAUCUGCUGGGUUAACAAGGACACGCAGCCUGGAUUCACGCGCGUCUUUUCGCUCCCUGUCGACCAAGAGGUUGUCUUCCUGGCCUAUCGACCGAAGCGGAAGAAAUACGAGGUGAUGACCAGUGCACCGACACCGUCCUCGGUGGAGUCCUUCGUCAACGACGUCGUUUCGGGAGGAAAGCAGUUGACAAAGAAGCUGACGCAGUUUCCGCAGUUGGCCCGGAAGCAGGCAAAGGUGCCGGGGCACGACGAACUGUAA